GGCCUGUGGGCUGGAGAGAGGGCGCAGGGGCGGGGAGAGGCACCUGGGUGGGCCGGGCCGCCCCCGGGCCGCCCCCCGGCCGUCCCCGAGCCCGCCCGCAGUCUCUCGUGCUGGGUCGCUGCAGACUCGCCCUGGACUGUGCUCCUCGGACCAUGCCCUGGGCCGUGCUCCUUGGCCUCCUGGCUGCGCUGCUGCUGCUGCUGCUGCUGAGCCGCCGGCGCACACGGCGACCCGGAGAGCCUCCCCUGGACCUGGGCAGCAUCCCCUGGCUGGGCUAUGCCUUGGAGUUUGGAAAGGACGCUGCCAGCUUCCUCACGAGGAUGAAGGAGAAGCAUGGUGAUAUCUUCACUGUGCUGGUGGGUGGCAGGUACAUCACCGUCCUCCUGGACCCGCACUCCUACGACUCCGUGGUGUGGGAGCCUCGCUCGAAGCUGGACUUCCACGCCUACGCUGUCUUCCUCAUGGAGAGGAUUUUCGACGUGCAGGUUCCGAAUUACAACCCCAGCGACGAAAAGGCCAAGAUGAAACCGACCCUCCUGCACAGAGACCUGCAGGCGCUCACGGAGGCCAUGUACACCAACCUCCACACCAUGCUGCUGGGCGACGCCGCAGAGGCGGGCGGUGGCUGGCACGAGAUGGGUCUCCUCGAUUUCUCCUACAGCUUCCUGUUCAGAGCCGGCUACCUGACGCUGUACGGAGUCGAGGCGCUGCCGCGCACCCCUCAGAGUCAGGCCCAGGACCGCGCCCACUCGGCCGACGUCUUCCACGCCUUCCGCCAGCUCGAGCUGCUGCUCCCCAAGCUGGCGCGCGGCUCCCUGUCCGCGGCAGACAAGGACCGCGCAUGCAGUGCGAAAGGUCGCCUGUGGAAGCUGUUGUCCCCGGCCAGGCUGGCCACCCGGGCCCACCGCAGCAGCUGGCUGGACAGUUACCUGCUGCACCUGGAGGAGAUGGGUGUGUCAGAGGAGAUGCGGGCGCGGGCGCUGCUGCUGCAGCUCUGGGCCACACAGGGCAACAUGGGUCCGGCUGCCUUCUGGCUUCUGCUCUUCCUCCUCAAGAACCCCGAGGCCCUGGCCGCCGUCCGUGGAGAGCUCGAGCAAGUCCUCCGCCGAGCAGAGCCGCCUGUCUCGCAGACGGCCACCCUCCCGCCGAAGGUUUUGGACAGCAUGCCUGUGCUCGACAGCGUGCUGAGUGAGAGCCUCAGGCUCACGGCCGCGCCCUUCAUCACCCGAGAGGUCGUGGUGGACCUGGCCCUGCCCAUGGCGGACGGGCGGGAAUUCGCCCUGCGACGCGGUGACCGCCUCCUCCUCUUUCCAUUCCUGAGUCCCCAGAAGGACCCGGAGGUCUACACAGACCCAGAGGUGUUCAGAUACAACCGGUUCCUGAACCCCGACGGGUCGGAGAAGAGAGACUUCUACAAGGACGGGAAGCGGCUGAAGAACUGCAGCCUGCCCUGGGGAGCCGGGCACAACCAGUGCCUGGGCAGGGGCUACGCCACCAGCAGCAUCAAACAAUUCGUGGUCCUUGUGCUGAUGCACUUUGACCUGGAGCUGGUCAGCCCGGAUGUGGAGAUCCCAGAGUUUGACCUCAGCAGGUAUGGCUUCGGGCUGAUGCAGCCAGAACACGACGUGCCCAUCCGUUACCGCAUCCGGCCGUGAGUUCCGGGGGCAGCCGGGGCUCCACGCGCUGCUCACCCCCACCCAGCCCGCACCCGGCUGAUCGCCCAACUUCCUGUGUCCGCAUCUGGCCUGGGCGCAGAGCUUCGAAUCCCCGAUGGCUCCAGCUUUCGCACUUUCCUGCUUUUGUUCCUGGAAGGCUGAUCCAGGGGAGGGGGGAGAAAGGAAGCCGAGAGAAGGUUUAAUGAGGCUCUUUCUGCUCCCAGCUCACCUUCCUCCUCUCACCUUGUGACACCCACAAAAGCUAGGGCAGAGAGGACAAACAGGAGCCCUGAUUGCCGUUCCCCCGACUCCCAGAGGGGCCGCCAUCCUAGUCCUUGACAGUGGUGUGGCUGAGGCCUUAACCACUCAGAGCAGCUGCUGGCUGUGAAAAGGCCAGCUGGGACCUAGCAGUGUGUCCCAUGCAAUAAGCUCAUCCCCAAAUUAUGGAACUCACUGCCGCCAAAGGAGUCCUUAGCAGACCCGUUUCCAGUCCCCUCGUCUCUCCGUUCACACUGAGUCGUGAGGGAAUGCAGGAGGGUUUCCCCGAGGCUGGCGCAGCCAAGAGUCAGGUCGUGAGCUUCCUGCAGACACUGGGCUCGCAGCAGUACAGCUCGCUGUUCUGGGGCCGUGGGCUCCAGGUGGGACAGGCUUUGCCAGUGCUGAGACUCCAGUCGGGAAUAGGACAAAGACACAGGCCCCAGGGGAUGGUGCGGACGGAAGGAGGCAACCAGGCCCGUUGGACUGGGCAAGCCAAAGGCAGAGGAGCCUUUGGGUUCCUGCAUUCUGGCUCAGAAGCGCCAGCUGUGAGCACCGUCUGCAGGCCUGUUUGGUUCGGCCUACGCUCAGAAACUAUUGUCCGUCGGUUGUUUUCCUACCCUCUUUGGGAGAGUUGAUCCAGAGUGUCAGUGUCUCUUGAAAACGUGGACGACCUGGGCACCCUGGGCCUGUAUCCCCAAAGGCACCCAUUGGCCGCCUCCCAGAUCCGGGACUUGUGUGCGCUGGCUCACCAGCGUUUCUACUUGGAGGAAUUUUUUUCUUUCUGCUCCUCUCUCCAUUCCCUGUACCUCCUGGCCCAUGAAUGCAUUUGGGUUUGAGAACCCUGUUUUAACUCUUCCAAGUGACCUUUUAGGAGAUGGUGGGAACCUUUCUGCUGGUCCUGGGCCCACGGGUCCAUCUUCCUGCAUGCACCACCCUUUGAACAAGCAGAUCAAUGAUGAAAACUUGCCUUUAUAUUGAUUUAGGGGGAAAAGCAGUUCAAAGAGAAAAGUUGCCCAGCCUAGAAACCUUGAUGAUGAUAGUGUUAUUAAUAUUAGGCUCUGUUUACUGAGGACUCUCCAAAUGCCCAUGGCAGGCGCAGCGGACAUAGCGUUUCUGCUUCUCACAGCAUCUCUGCAAAGAGGGGGUGGUUGUGCCCUUUUUGUCGACGAGGAAACAGGCUCAGAGAGGUGCAGUGGCUGCCGGGGUCACCCAGCUCAUCAGCUGGUGGAACUCAGCAGACUUAUUGUCCCAGUAGCAAAUGCAUCCCCGGGCUCAAGGGGGCGGGUGGUGGAGGGACAGUUCUGUUUGGCAUCAGAGCCAGAGGCACCCAUGGGUGGAUGCAUCUCAUGAGAUGCAGACACACGUACGUGCAUACAGCUGGGUCCCUUUAGCUUUAGCUGAAGGAGGAGAGAGAGCCUGAGAUCUCUGAAUGUUUCAGGCAUUAGUCUCUUCCUGGAGCAGCACUGGGGCUUGGGGGCUUCCCUAGCUCUCAGCUUCCAGGCGCCCCCAGGAUUCCCAGACAGAUACUGUGAUUGGCAGGAGGCGGGAUAUCCCCAGGGAAACCCAUCUUCACGCAUGGGUGACCCCUGCUGCCGCCUGCUUCUUAACUCCGCAGGAAAUCAGGGCUGGCGGCUUUCAGUGGGAGGAUGGAGCCGGUUUCCAUGGCAACCCUCAGCUGCCUCAUCCUGGCUUGGCAGCGAAGGAAGAAGGCCGGCCAGCAGAAAUAGCAGCAGGAAGGUUUCUUCGCGGGGCUGCUACCCUGGGGUGGCGGGGGAAAGCCCUUAUGACUCUCCUCUUCCAAAUCAGGGAUCCUUUGUCACUGAGACUAGAUUCUCACCUGUGUUCACAAAAGGGCCCAUUUCCUGUACAGGUGGCUCACCUCCUUGCAGCCACAGUCAUUAGGAAGAGACAAUUCUC